UCUUGUUGAGACAGGAGCAUUCACACAUAAUAAGCAGGUGGUUUUGGUUGCUUUGCAUCCAGCUCUGUUUGUCAGCUGUGCAGCACUGACGGAUACUCUUACUCACACUUCUACCUGCUCAACAUGAACCUGGUCUGCAUGCUUGUUCUGACUCUUAUGAAGCUCCACCAGAGUCCUGUGGUGGCUUCACCCCUCCGCAUCCAACCUUCACAACUUCCUAUUGGACUAUCUGAGGCUGACCAGAAGUUUGCAGAGGAAUAUCUGCAGCACUUCUAUGGUUACCAACCCAAGUCAGACAGACAAAAAAGGGCUGCAGACUAUAAUGAAGAUUUGGACUGGACAACAGGACUCUGUGAUAAGGUGAAGGAAAUGCAGCGUUUCUUUGGGUUGCCUCCAGAUGGGGAACUCAAUAAGGAGACUCUUGCAGUGAUGAAGAAGCCGCGCUGUGGACUGUCAGAUGUGGAGCCAUAUGGGAGCACAUUUCGGUGGACAAAGCAGACAGUCAGUUACAGGAUUGCUAGAAUAAACCUACCGUUUCCAGCCACGAAAAUUCACAAAGUCAUCAAGGGAGCACUGAAUCUGUGGUCCAGUGUUUCCCUGAUUAAAUUCCACAAGCGGAAACGAAGAGAGGCUGACAUUGUUAUUGCCUUUGUCAGCAGUGAGCAUGGAGAUAGGGCUCCUUUUGAUGGUAAAGGGGGUAUUCUGGCCCAUGCCUACCUCCCUGGUUCAGGCAUUGGAGGCGAUGUGCACUUUGAUACCGCAGAGGAAUGGAAUUUAAAUUUUACUGGUAUCAGCCUACUUGUUGUUGCAGCUCAUGAAUUUGGCCAUGCUCUUGGUCUGUCCCACUCAUCUGACCCUGGAUCCAUCAUGUACCCAGCUUACAACUUUGCACCCAAUUUUGAGCUUCAGCUCUCCUUUGACGAUGUGAAAAACAUCCAACGUCUUUACGGUAUAAACUCCAACUUUCCUUCACUACUCUUAAAAAAGCCUCCCCCUAGAACUCCAGACAAAUGUGAUCCAGAUCUGUCCUUUGAUGCUGUGACUGAAUUACAACAAGAGGUUGUGUUUUUCAAAGACAGAUUCAUGUGGCGCAAACAUCCAAAUUUUGUUAAAACAAGCAUCACCCUCAUCAGCAGCCUGUGGUCAGACUCUGUACCAUCUUACUUGGAUGCUGUGUAUGAGAAUGGAGAGAAAAACCUUAUUUUAUUUUUCAAAGGUGAUCAGUACUGGAAACUACAGCAGUUAAUUCUGCAGGAAGGUUUUCCCAGAAAUAUCUCAGACCUGGGCUUCCCCAACAGAAUAAAGUCAGUGGAUGCUGCUCUGCACUUCAGAAAUAACCGCUAUACUGUGUUCUUCACUGGCCAUGAGUGUUGGAGGUACAAUGAACAGCAGGGUGUGAUGGACGGAUCAUCAAUGCUGAUUGAGCAACAGUGGCCGGGAAUUCCAUUCCCUGUAGAUGCAGCUAUCUUCUAUGAGGGAUUUGUGAACUUCUUCCAGGGAAACAAGCAAUAUAAAUACGACUUUGUCCAGAACCGUGUCGUCUCCGUCAGCAGUGCUAAUGGUCUGCUGGACUGCAAAAUGGAAAAGAGCAAUGAUGACACACUCUGAUGAUGAAAUAACCUGAUGAUGACAGGGCAGUGUGUGUGUGUUCACUGAAAACUGGAUCUCUCCAGAAGUAACCACAAUGUACCUAAUUCUGAGAAAUAAUAAAUAAUGCAGGGAAGUGGUUAAAAGGCUUACCUCAGUGUGCAACAGUGUUGUAAGAAAGGGGAUUUUUACUGUUUAUCGAACUGUUGAAUGAAAUGAGUGAGAGCCAUACUUGUAUUGGAUAAUUAAGUAAAAAAAGAGAUCUAUAUUUAAAAUCUUUCUGAAACUAUGACAUUGUGAUCAGUGAUUGUUAUAUGGAGAAACCUAAUGUCAGGUAUGUUUAUGCUUAAAACAAUAAAUAAUAUGUGGUUUUAUUUA